GUGUGACCGGAAGCGGCGCUGGGUGACAGCUGAGAGAGAGGAGCCGUCAUGUCGCUGCAGUUUACAGAUGAGGAGUUCCAGGGAGCCUGGGGGGAGCUGGACGAGCCGCAGCUGGAGGGAGGAUGGGAGCUCUUCACCGAGACCAUGGGAGUGAAGAUCUACCGGCUCUACGACAAGGAAACUGGACUUUAUGAAUACAAAGUCUUUGGUGUGCUCACCACCUGCACUGCAGAGCUGUGUGCAGAUGUCUACAUGGACUUGAAGUAUCGGAAAGAUUGGGAUAACUAUGCAAAAGAGCUCUAUGAGAAGGACUUCAAUGGACAGACUGCAAUCUACUGGGAAGUAAAAUACCCAUUUCCUUUGUCAAACAGGGACUAUGUGUACAUGAGGGAGCGGAGAGACCUGGAUGUGGACGGCAGGAAGAUCUGGGUGAUCCUGGCCAGGAGUUCCCCAGAUACACCGUGUGCAGAGAAGAGUGGCGUGCUGCGGGUCAAAGACUACAAGCAGAGCGUCGCCCUGGAGAGCGAUGGAGCCGGUGGAACUAAAGAGCGGAGUUCCAGGUUUCUUAACGGACAUGCAGAAGGCCUGCAGCAAUUACAGCAACUACUGCCAGAAGAAAUGAAUGCAGCUGACGGGACAACGGCUCACGGGACAACGGCUCACGCACAAGGGCUCACUUUUACUUUUCCUGUUCUGUUUUUGGGAGUUUUUUUUAAUGUACAAUCAAAUUUGACUUUUCUGUUAUUGGGUGAAUGAGGCAUGGCUACUUGUCGCUGUAGCAUGCUGUUGACUCAGGCAUGAUGUGCAUGACCUGCCACCCUCAUUAAUGGGCUGGCGUGAAAUCAAUUCUGUUCCAUUGUGCUGUAUUAACUAAUACUGUAUUGUCUUUUCUGUGCAAUCACUGUAAGCUCCAGUCCCUCCAGGAUGUGGUUCAGAGAAAAUCCUCCGAUUGUAGUGUAGUAUCACCUUGUCAGCCCUGUGUGGUUAAAAUUGCAGCUUCUUGCACAAGAUUUCAUCACUUGUUUGUUUACCAUCACAUUUUAUAUAUGACAGAUGCAAUAUAAAUUGAUUUAUUGUAUGUUUGGUCACACUCCAAUCCUCCACUGUCCGUUUCAGUUUACUGGAAGUCUCUCAUUUGUUAUAAUGGAGCAAAAAUGACAAAUAGGUACUUUUCGAGGAAUGCUGCCUGUUGGGUUUCUUGUGAUUCGUUUUCAUGGGGUAUUUACGUAUGCAAAGAUUUAUUAUGGGUGUAUAAUGGUCAAAGACGCAUACAGUAUCUGAGGUCAUACUGUAUUGAUUUAGGCUGCACCUCAGUACUUCAGAGCUCCUGUUGAUGCGUGGGUGAAUGUGGUUUCAUCUGAUCAUUAAAAGCCUAUUACUGUGUAAUACUGCUGUGUUAUUGAAAUGAAUAAACCUUUAUUUGA